UUAUUCUUCUUACUUUUUUAAUCGAGAGUUAUAAUUUUUUUCUUUUUUUGUUUGAAUAAUUAGAAAAGAUUAAUUGUUUGAGUAGUACUGGGUGAGCUGAAGCUAUGGGGAGAGGUAAAAUAGUGAUACGGAGGAUCGAUAACUCAACGAGCAGGCAAGUAACUUUUUCGAAAAGAAGGAACGGAUUGUUGAAGAAAGCUAAAGAGCUCGCGAUCUUGUGCGAUGCUGAAGUUGGAGUGAUGAUUUUCUCCAGCACCGGAAAGCUCUACGAUUUUGCUAGCACCAGCAUGAGAUCAGUAAUUAUGCGAUUCAACAAAGCAAAGGAGGAAAAUCAACCGGGGAAUCCAACAUCUGAAGUCAAGUUUUGGCAAAGGGAGGCAGCAGUCCUGAGACAACAACUGCAAAACCUACAAGAAAAUCACAGGCAAAUGAUGGGUGAAGAACUUUCUGUAUUGACCAUAAAAGAUUUACAGAAUUUGGAGAGCCAAUUGGAAAUGAGCCUUCAUGGUGUCCGUAUGAAGAAGGACCAAAUUUUAAUGCAUGAAAUUGAAGAACUGACCAGAAAGGGGAACCUCAUUCAUCAAGAAAAUGUGAAACUCUGUAAGAAGGUUUAUGGAACGAGGGGUGUGAAUGGUACAAACAAGGAAUUGUUUCUCACAAAUGGUCAAAGCAUGGAGGAGGAUCCACAUGAGCCGGUCCAUCUCCAGCUAAGCCAGCCACAGCAACAAAAUUAUGAAACAUCAACAAGAGCUACAAAAUUGGGAUUGCAAUUGCAUUAGCAACAGAAAAUGCAUCAAAGUGGGACUGGAUGUCACUCAAUUUCUAUCAACAAAUAGCUCAUGGUUCCAAGUGUUACACUUCCUGUAGUAAGAUGUUUUAUGUUAAAACCACUGAUCGUUCAGCAAAA